AUGUCGACAUCCCGAGGGAAGUCCGGCGCGAAAGCGCGAACUGGUGCUCGCCAACCACCCAUCACUGCUGCACUACUCGGAGCACUCCACUAUGGCCCCGAGAUCCGCAACCUCGCUGCCCUCCUCAAAAGUCUUCCAUCGUCAAUUCCCCUCGGCACUGCACAUGACUUCUCAAGCCACGAGCUUCGGCAGGAGGCAGUUAUGGAGCUGGGCUGUGAGAAAAGUGUCGUCAAUCAAGAUCUCGAGUGGUCAUUUGGCAGUCGCGUGGAUGGAAAGCUGAUCGAGUUCCAGUCCCGCGGCCCCGGGCUCGAGGCAGUCACUGUGGUCUUGCGACAGUACAUCACAGGGCCAGCGGGACAGAACGUCGUUCUCAUCAAAUGGGUGGAUGACCUGACCGCCGCGGCACAGGAUGCAAUAGAGCGGUGUGGUGCGCAGAAGCGUAAACGAAAAAGUACGGCCGCAAGGCAGCGGAUGGAGGAAGACGAGGAUGAGGAGAAUGUUGACAAACGUCAGCGGUUGGAUACGGAGAACGACAAACAACAACGGGAGAUGGUUGCUGAAGCUGCAGCAAAGCUCACCCGUCAAGGCUCGAUUAAUCACCCCUUCGACGACCUUAUCGACAUCCCCCCACCACAACGGAGCAAGCGCGGGCGGGCCGCAGACCCAACUCUCGAGGAACUAACCAUCCCCUGCGAAACGAAGUCACUUAAUCCCAAAACCGGCAAGCCCUACAAGCGCUUUCGCUGCGCCGGCCCAGGCUGUCACGAGAGUUGGGCUGAGCCUCGCCAGGCCGGACGGGUCUUCCCUCAUGCCGCCAAAUGUCCAUACUUCUCAGCAGAACAGCGAAAUAUGGCGGCGGUGGCCAACGCGAAAAACGCGCUCUCCAAUGACGUUUCGAGCAGCGACGAUGAUGGGGGUAACGCCACAGCCAAGGACGAAAACGAGGCCAAGGCGGGCAUGUCGAAAAACCCCUACUUCGAUCCAUUUCGCGGCCUGGGGGAGGACGAACGGAAAAAGGCCAUUGCCAAGUUCCAGAAAAAGGCAAACCUGUAUCUGCUCGAGUUCCUGGCUGUUACUGGGCGCGCUCUGCGCCACGUAGACGAGAAUUCGUUCAAGAAGCUGGUGAAGCAUCUGAACCCUUACCACGGCCUCUUCUCAUCGACAACGAUGGCCGACUAUGUCCAUCGUGAGGCAGCAAAGAUUACGAUGAAGAACUCCACGCGCCUCCGCACAAUCGGCAACCUCACCAUGUCAUAUGACGGGGCCACUGUUUUCGGACAGUCAAUAUACAGCGGCCAUGUUACUACGCCAAAGCUGCGCGAAUCCUUCCUUAUGCUUGCCGACGAGUCAUCCGGCGAUUCACACACGGGUGAGCAUAUCAAGGACAUUCUUCUCGGUGUUAUCGAUGACAUUGGCCCGCUUCAAUUCGCCGCUCUGGUGUCCGACGACGCGGGGAACACUCGCGUUGCCCGUGAGCUUAUCGCGGAGAAGUAUCCAACGAUCAUCGCUCUCGCUGACGCACCUCAUCACCUCUCGAACCUGGUAAAAGAUAUCUGUAAGUUGGCUCAUUUUGAAGAGGGUAUCGAGAAGAUGAGGACCGUUAUCGGUUUUUUUUCGACGUCCACCUAUGCUGGCACUCAUCUCAAGGCCCUUCGUGUCAUCAUGGACAUCACGAAAGGACUGGUCACUGUAGGCAAAACCCGCUUUGGUACGAUGUAUUGGUCUGGUUACGCUCUUCUCCGUAAUCUUCCCGCCAUUCACGAACUUAUCCGUCUCGGCGUUGUUCGUGCAGAAGGCUCCGAGGAACAGUCAAAGCUGGGCUUCUUCCGGAAGGUACCAUUGUACAACGCCUUCAAGCUCAACUUGGAGCAGCUUGUCACCAUUCUUGAGCCCAUCGCACGCGCUAUCCAAUGUCUCGAGGGCUCGAUGACCACGCUGGGUGACGUGUGGAAGUUCUACGUCGCUAUUACUGCCGUUUUGCAGGACAAUUUCGCAGAGAAUGCCUUGGCCAUUCCUGACGAUGUCAUGGAUGCCAUUCGGCGCAUCGUCAAUGCUCGAUACCAGCAGCUUAUCGGGAGCACCGACGCGUAUCUGGCUGGCUUUUUCCUUGAUCCACAGUAUGUCACGAGUACGGUCCUCAAACGAUCCUCCGGCAAUCUACUUGUCAGCUCUCCUACAGAGUCAUCAUCAGCCACGCCGGGCAACCAGGCAGCGGAGGAUGGCGAUGCUGAUUUGCGUCGGAAGAUGCCUGCGUAUGCGGCUGUGGGCACCUUCCUUGUCAAUCAGCUCAAGGCGGAGCUCAAGGCUCGGCCAAACCUUAAGUCAUCGAAGGUUUUCUCACCAUACGCUGACCGCAAGGCAGUUAUUGCUGCACUGCGGUCACAGCUGGAGGCCUUCACCCGACAGCGGGCUCCCUUUAACCGACGCAAUGCCGCAUGGACGCGUGCCUAUCUCUAUUGGCGUGCACUCCUUGAUGAUGCGGAUGCAUCUGUUUUAGCGUAUAUUGCCCUCAAAAUCUUUUCCAUAAUGCCCACCUCAAUGCCCGAGGAGCGAACAGUAUCGGUCUUCACCAAGCUGUCGACUAAGGACCGCAAUCGCCAAGAUGCUAAGACCACCGUCGCACUCACCCAAGUGCGGCAGGAGGUUUGUCGCCGGGAUGGAGAGCGCAAACCGGCAGUCCAGCCACACCUCAAUUGGCGUUCAGUCAAGGCAGCAUUCGCAACUGCUGAGGCGGUAGAGCCAGCACUGCCGCCUGUUGCAAGUGGGUCGGGGUCAGACCUACCAGUCAUUGAUCUCUCAGCAGAGAACGAGCCUUCUCCGAACAUCAGGGUUUCCGAGGACGGAGUAAAUGAUGCUGUCGCAGCGGGUCUCCACGCUCUCAACACCCGCAGCUUGGCGUCAGACGUCUUGGCUGAUAUUGCCUUGCUUCCAAGCUUUGAGUCGACGCGAUUUGAAGCGGAGGACUCUGCGGACAUCAGCGACGCAUUCUUCCGUGAUCUUCUCAGUGAUGCACCUGUUGCUGGUGCAGAGAAGGCGGUAGGGAGCGGGGUCAUAGGUGGAAAGGGCAAAGAAAAGGCGACCCCGGCGGCAGUGUUUGAUGAUGAUAUUGAUGACGAGGUAUUCUAA